AAGUUGAGAAGGAUUCUGAGAUUCCUGGAUCGAGUUAUGGGAAUUUUAACAACGCGUUUGAUGAAUUGCAAGAAGAAACCACCGACGACAGAAAUAAAAGAGCAAGAAUAAAUUUUGGCGAGAAUUUGCAGCAGAUGAUGGAAUUGAAGCGAAAAUAUGAUCCAAAUGUUCUUUUUGAUAAAUGGAUUGUUGUGUGA